CCCCCCUCCUCCACACCCCUGCGUCCCCCUGCCUUUGUGUGUGUGUAUGUGUGUGCCGUGGAGCUGACGGCGUACCCGAAAACCGCGUAGCGGAUGCCCUGCGUGGAAAAUAAGCCUUUCUGGAUUUCGGAAUCCACGCCGGAUGGAAAUUGCGAGGGGGAUCGGGGAAAUCUGCAGGUGCAAAUAAAGAACGGGAGCCGGGCGGCCGCACGUGAACCUCUCACUUCACCCCCCAAGCCAGGAAAUAGGAAGGUGGAGCGCGUUACCAGCAAGUGCCGCAAAUUGGACUUUCCACCAUCAGCAGCUUUUGCUCCGUCGCUCCGCUCCUCCCGUGGGUCUCCCCACGAACACUCCUCCAUUCAGCCUCAUUUUGUCCUUCGCUGAUCCCACAAUAGCCUCGCGCGGCCGCGCUUUGUGAAUUGACGCCGGUCUGGGGAUUCUUCGGGGUGGUUCUGGGAACAGGAGGGGGGGGAUGGAUUAAAAAGCGGGGGGCUGUGCACCGCCGAACUGGAGCAACACGCAAGACCACGUCGGGGGGGAAGGGGGCGACGGGACUCGGUGAAUUCGCGGAGCCCCCGGGACAGAGGCUGUGACUGGUCCCACCCCAAGAUGGCGUCGCCCAAAAACAAAGCCAAGAAGAAACCGCCCAAAGACAGCAUGACGCUGCUGCCGUGCUUUUAUUUUGUAGAGCUCCCCAUCGUCCUGUCCUCCCUGGUGUCGCUGUACUUCCUGGAGCUGACAGAUGUGCUGUCCCCGGCCACCGUGGGCUUCCGUUGUCACGACCGUGACCUCUCCAUGCCCUACGUGGAGACGGGCGACGAGCUCAUCCCGCUGCUGAUGCUGCUGAGUUUGGCCUUCGCUGGUCCCGCAGCAUCUAUCAUGAUGGGAGAGGGCCUCAUGUACUGCAUGCAGUCCAAGCUGAGGACCUGUCCCAAGUCGGAGAGCGCCAUCACCGCAGGGGGCUGCAGCUUCAACUCCUUCCUGCGCAGGACCGUGCGCUUCGUUGGCGUUCACGUGUUCGGUCUCCUGGCGACAGCCCUGGUGACGGACGUCAUCCAGCUGGCGACAGGUUACCACGCGCCCUUCUUCCUCACGGUCUGCCAGCCCAACUACACGGCGCUGGGCGUGUCCUGCGACAGCAACGCCUAUGUCACGCAGGACGUGUGCACGGGGAAGGACCAGUACGCCAUCAUGUCGGCCAGGAAAACCUUCCCAUCCCAGCAUGCAACGCUCUCUGGCUUCGCCGCCGUCUACAUCUCCAUGUACUUUAACGCCAGCAUCAACAGCACGACGAAGCUGCUGAAGCCGCUGCUGGUGUUCGGCUUCUGCAUGGCGGCGGGCCUCGCCGGCCUCACGCAGAUAACGCAGCACCGCAGCCACCCCAUCGACGUCUACGUGGGCUACGUCAUCGGGGCCGGCAUCGGCGUCUACCUGGCUGUGUAUGCCGUGGGGAACUUCAAAGCAUCAGAGGAGGACGCCUCCUCGUCCCAUAGAUUGGCCCCGGCUCAGCAGAAGGACGGCCUGAGGGCGCUGAGCCAGCGGAGCCACGACUCCCUGUACAGGAAGACGCCCCGGGUGUCUGAGAGCCGGGAGGAGCUGGGCGCGGGGCUGGGGACCGGGGCCCGAAGCAAGGUGAGGAGGGAGAAGGCCUCGCUCGCCUCUCUCAAACGGGCCAGCGCCGACGUGGAACUCCUGGCAACCCGCGGGCCCAUGGGCAAGGAGACCAUGGUGACCUUCAGCAACACGCUGCCCAGGGUCGCCAACGGCAACAGCCCCAUCUCCCCGUCAGAGGAGCCGGUCACCGCGCAGCGCCACAUGACCUUCCACGUGCCCUUUGACCCCCAGAGGUCCCGGCAGCUGGUGUCGGAGUGGAAGCAGCGCUCGCUGGAGGUCCGCAGCCAAAGCUCAAGGGACGAGGAGGACGAGGCGGACCCGAAGGACGGAGAGGACGACGGGGAGGCGUCGGGGGAGGGAGACCAAACCAUGCCGUCGUCUCUCUAUCCCACGGUGCAGGCCAACAAGGGCAUGGCCACGCCCACCGGAGCCAGGGUGGUGCUGGCCCCCCCGCUGGUCCACAUCCCCGAGGAGGCCUCCCGCCCGCCGCCCGUCUCCCCGAAGAGCGCCAAGACCCGCGCCAAGUGGCUGUCGCUCACCGAGGGAGGCGCCGCCAAGGAGCCGGGCGCCGGGCCCAUCGCCGUGUCCACGCCCCGCGUGCCCACCACGCAGCCGGGCCAGGCGCCGAGCCAGCAGAGGGUCACUCAGGUGAUAGCCAUGUCCAAGCAGCACGGCCCAGGCGUCAGCUCGUCCUCCAAGGCGUCGGACGGCAGCUACUCCUCCGGGGGCGGCUCCGUCUGCUCCGAGUCGCCCUACUACCGCAUCCCGUCGGACCGGGACAGCGUCGCCGGGAGCAACCCGGGCAGCGUCACCGGCAGCGGCAGCAUCGUCACCAUCGACGCCCACGCCCCCCACCACCCGGUGGUGCGCGUGUCGGCCGCCAACGGCAAGCCGUGGGAGUGGAGGAACACCAUCAGCGGGAACAUGCUGAGCGCCGGCGUUGCCGGCGGCGACGGGGAGAAGCGCCACGCGGCGCUGCAGCGCCAGGACAACGCCGGGCACUACCGCGACUACCGCACGCUGCCGGGGAAGACGGAGUCGCUGUGCCCCUCCUUGGCCGACGGGGGAGGGGAGCUGCCUCCCCCGCCUCUCUCCGGCUCGUCCUCCCUUCUGCCGCCCCCGCCCCUCCCCUCCUCGUCCUCGCCCCUGCCUCCCCCGCCCCUCCCCUCCUCGCCCUCUCCCCUGCCUCCCCCGCCCCAGCUGUCGUCGUCCCCACUUCCGCCUCCACCGCCUCACUCGUCCUCCUCCCCUUUGCCUCCCCCUCCACACCCAAGGUCCUCCCCUAUACCUCCACCUCUGCCUCACUCUCACCCCACUACCUCUCAUAUACCACCUCCUCCUCACCCAUCUUCCUCUCCAAUGCCCCCACCACCUCACCACGCUUUUUCCCACAUGCCCCCACCUCCUCACCCAUCUGCUUCCCACAUGCCCCCACCUCCUCACCCAUCUGCUUCCCACAUGCCCCCGCCUCCACACCCAUCGUCUUCCCCACUGCCUCCCCCUCCUCACCCAUCCUGUUCCAAUAUCCUCCCCCCUCCUCCACACCCUGACUUACCCAUGGACAGCCACAGCCACAUACUCACCCGCUCCUCCACCCUGCCUCGCCAGCCUUCUGUCUCCGCCCGCAGCCACGCUGAGCAGGAGCACUACUACAAGGUCCUGCAGAACGAGAGGAUGUUAUAGAAAAUCAUUGAGAUAUCAAUGAUUGUACUGUAGGAUAAUUGACUGAAGCUAAGGGUGGUGGCAGGAGAAGAGAGAAGCGACUUGGAGGAGAGGAGGAGGCAGCAUGGGAUCAGGACUGUGGGGAGGUCUGGCAGCUCACACGGUCAGCAGGGGGUCUGGUUUCCCCCUUCCCUUUACCUGGCUCUACAGCUCCAACAAGGAGAGCAGUAGGAAGGACUAAAAUUCCCAGGUGACCUCUAGUUUCAACGCGCACAUCCUCUGUGUCGUCAAAGACGCGUUCAAAGACGUUGUGGAAGAGGCAGCAGCCGAGAGAGCGAGAAAGAGAGAGAUCACAAUGAACGGUGUGGGAUUUGCUAAAUCACGCUUCCCCUGAGAAGAGGGAUGAGACGGAGAAAACAAAACAACUACAGGCAAAACUAGCUCCUCCUAAACUGGCGCAGCUGUUUGAGGACGCCGACUUCCACACACAGAGAAUUUGCUCCUUCAACUAGCCGGGAACAAAAAAAUACACAUAUCAUUCCUCAAAGUACCCGAAAGCUAUGAAUUAAUGGAACGACUGCAGCUACGUCGAGAUCGGAUACAGGUUCGCGUCAAGUAUUAGAGGCGAAUCGCAAAAGAACCUUUUAUCCAUCUGAAGAGAAAAAAUCCCUUUUGGUGGCGAGCAAAUCUGUCAGAAUCCACCAGAGAGAGACGGCUUAGAAAGCGUUGUGACGAAGAGGAGGAGGAGGAGGAGUGGGUAUGAGGAGGCUCAUGCACAGUUGGGCGCCUCUAUACAGACGUCAUUUAAAGGUUACUGUUGUAAACACGAGCGGCAGUGGACAGUGUGUCGCUCCUGACACAUGAGCCAGAUGUUGGCGCGUGUGGGGUUCGUUACUCUAUGAAUAAUAAUAAAUUUCAACUUUAAUAUUCUAGACUUGGAUUCAACUGGAAGGGCAAAAGUGACGCUACAGGGCAAAACAGGAAACAGAUUCAUAUAAGCAGCCACACGACGCCAUGCAGACGAACGAAUGGAGCUCAUCAUGGCUCCAGGCAUGAAACACUGUACGUGUAAUAAUCUGCUGCUGUUUUCAGGCCCCUUCGUCCUCAUGUGUACAUUUAUACCGUGUUGUUUAAAGGUUUCAUCUGCUAAUUAUCAUUUUAUACCUCGGCGGUUGUUUCAUCCUAAUGUGUUCUGUUUAGCAACGACGCCUCGUUCGGGCCCGUGUCCGGCACCAAGCGGAGCCUGCCGGUGGCGGACCCGGUUCCCGUCCUGCGUUUCGUAGAGGGAACGUCUGAGACGAGCAGCCGCUCGUCCGUUUGUGCUGCAUGUGUGUGCGAGCGUGUUUUUUUACCACGUCUGUGCUUCCGGCCGCGCGCCGUCACCUUCACAGACAUGCUGCAUUUUUUCAGUGCUAGUGAAUAUCGUACUACUUUCCCCGUUUUGACUGUAAAUACUUGAUAUUACCUAAUAUUAUUAAUACUGUUAUUACUCUGCAGUGCUUUUUUAUGAGCUGAUGUUUUCUAUCUGUGGUGAUGUGUAACAAUAAUAACGUCAUUGAAUAAAAAAAAUGAAGAAUUCCUAA